AUGGCAGCAGCUAUUGAGCGACUCACGCAGGACUUUGCUCGGCAGCAAGAGGAAUUGACAGCGGCGUACAAGAGGCUGCAGCAGUAUGAGCUGCGAGAACGAAAUGGAGAGUUUCCGAUGGCUAGCCAGGAUCUGAAGAAUCUACUCGAAGAAAAGGACCUGGCGCUGGCCGAAGCAUUGCAACAGCGCAACGUGCACCGCGUGGAGCUAGAUAAAGCUAAAGCAUUGAUUGCCGAGUUGCGGACUCUACAUCUCGACACCACAGGAGGUCGCGCGCCUCAAGCAGCGUGGAAGGCUAAUUCGCCACUUGUACCGGGCUCGCCGUCUACGAACAUGAUCUCUCGAAAUGCAAUAACGUCAACUCAAUACGCCCAGGCAAACAUAGGUAUUCGUACUCCCAUGACACCCGCAGCUACGGCAGCUCUACUCGGAUGUCCAGGUGCCAUCGACGUGCCUCACGACGAGCGAUUCGAUGUUGCGAGCGCUUAUAAACAGCGCAGUGAGACGGGUGAUGUGUUUUGGCGAAAGCAAUACAAAGAGGCUGUGCGAAUGCGAAAGUCCCAGCAAAGUAGCGCUAUCGCGCAGCAACAGUCACCACAUCCAUCGCUGAAAAUCUUUUCGAGUCGGGACAACCGCAAGAAGAAAACAGACCAAGUUCGCGAUGAGACUGUGCCAUCUACACGCUACAUCGGCAUCAGCUCGAGGCAAAAUAACAUCAUUAAAGAGCAGCACCGCUUGCUGGCGAAACAACAAGAUUGACUUACCUGCUUAGAAACUCGUUUACUGAAAAAUGAAAUCUAUUCCGCUCUCCAA